GCCUAUCCCUCGGCAGUGUGUCGUUGGGGGGAAUGGCAGCCAGCGUCCGCCGGCACGUUUCGCUGGCGUGCGGUGCUCAGUCCCUGGCCGCGGUCAGAUGGUCGCCAUGUUAAGCGGAGCCUAUUCGCCCUUGCCGGUGGACUAUUAGGUAAGUCUUUUCCCAGCAAUGCAAAUGACGAGGGCUAA